UAGGCCGGCGACGUCUUUCACCCCUUCGUCGCCAACUCAGUUAUCGGCACAGCUCGACUUGGGUAGUUGGGUCGUUGCCGACGUCAAUCCUCGGCAACCGCUUGACGUAUUUUCCUACUCAGGGAUAUCGCAUUUAUGAGGGAACAGUGAAAAUAUUAUUGGUUAUGAGCUGUGCACGGUGAUCCUGUGGUGCGGCGUUCCUCCGAUGACACAUAUAGAAACGAAGAUUUAAAAAGAGUGAUAAUGGAAUAGGAUGGCCGAUAACAGGCUGAGAUGAUGACAGGGCGAUAUGAGCCGAAGUGCUCUCGACGACGACGAUCAAGAAGAGUUGUAUCCGGUAGGGCAGAGCCUUUGUGGAGCUCUACAGCGUGAAAACAAUUGGAAAUGUUUCAUUCUGACAUCGUUGAUCCUUGGCUGCCUUGGAGCGGUCACGUGGUGUCGUUUUACGCGUGUUACGAAAGUCGUGAUAAACUUCGCUUUGUAUCCGAUACAAAGCAGCAGGCAGAUGUCACCUUGCGACGAAGGCUACAUCUACAUCCCUCUUGCCUUUAUGGCUAUGCUUUAUUUGGUUUAUCUCGUCGAGUGCUGGCAUUGUACGGCGAGAAUUGAACUCGGCUACAGGGUAGGAGUGGACACCGUCCUUCAAAAAGUACAACAGAUGAGAGAUGCUCAACCCAUUGUUUGGUGGAAAGCGGUUUGUUAUCAUUACGUGAGAAGGAAAAGACAGGUGACAAGGUAUCGGAACGGGGAUGCUUACACAAGCACGCAGGUAUACUACGAACGAGUCAAUUCUCACGCAGCUGCAGCUAGCUUUAUGUUCGCUUACUGCGGUGUAAGGGACAUUUCAAAACGUCUCGUUUUAGACCACACCAACGGCUCGAUAACUAAAAUUCGAUUCAGUAAAGGUUUCGCAUUCGCCAAUGUAGAAGCAGCGGCUGAGUUCGAAGAGCAAAGGGCAAGGUUUUUUGCAGAACAAGAGCGCUACGACGAUUACAUGGAAAUGCGAGAAGGCCUUGAUUUGACGAACGUCGCUGCGUUCAGAGAACAUGUCAUCGCCCUUGCCAACCCGGACAAAAUACCUUGGUAUGCCGGUCAAACCGUCUACUGGCUAUGCUCAUUCCUCCUGCUCUCGUGGCCCCUCAGACUUAUGCUGGAGUACAACACAGCCUAUUUGCAUUACAAGGUGACGAAACUAUUUGGAGUCAAUUAUGAGACCGGGAUGAGCGGGAUAUCGACGCCUACGAGCUACUGCGCGGUAUCGCGAGGUGAGAGCACCGUCGACUCAGCAGAUAUCGAAUGGGGAAUCAGGGAUAACACAUCCCUCGUCCCGAGCUAUAGCGAAGCCGUCCUGAUGGAAGGGAAUCGACGUGCGUCCGGCGUUUCCAGACGUCCUUCUGCAGCUUCCACGUCCAGGCCUCUUUUCUAUCCGAGCCCCUUGGCGGAAACGUCGCCCGCCGACCCUCUCCGGGGUAUCGAACCCCCAUCGUACGAGGAGGCGAUCACCUUCCCCGCCUUGACCCGUAUGAGACGAUCGUUGACCGACAGGGGGGAGAUAUGCUCCAGAUUCACGCCGAGGCCUUCUUCAGAAGCGCAGGUCAUCAGGACGCAUCAGAGGCCGAGGACUCUGAUCACGAUGGAAACGAGCCUCUAACCGACUGGACGUAUAGACUCAGGAACGCCGUGUUCCCAUUGUAGCUGACAAUUUAAUUCGACUGGGCUUCAAACAAGCUAUUCCCCAUGCUGUACGCUGCACCCUGUUCUUACACGCCUCUGCCAUCGUUGCCGACGUUUAAAUGUUGUCGUACAAAUGGAAGUGUGAUUUUGGUUUUGCUUCGAUCGUUUUCGGAUCUUUUCUUGGCUUAUGAAGGGGUAGACACUCUUUCUUAAGUACACACCAAAUAAUUAGCUAUUAAUCGAGAAAAUCAAACAAAUCUUGUUUAAAGUAGUAAAAUCAUGGCUUUCACACAGAAGGGGCAGGCGACAGAAAACAUAAAAGAGGCUAGAGUGGUCUGCCAUAAGUCCUAAGCUUUUCUACCAGACAUUUUGCUGCAAAAUAUGUCGUUUUUAUAGGACAACCCUAAAUUCUUCUAUUAGAGAUUCGAACCAAUUUAUUUUUAUAUAUUUAAUGUAUCACUAUUAUUACAUAUUUUAAAUAUAAAAUAGGUUUUUGUGGAAUCGAUAAAAAGGCCAAGACAAAGAAAUUUAAUUUAAAAGAGUUAAAGAUUAAUACAAAACAAGGAACCUAUUGAACUUUAUAAUUCGUUUUAAAUGGUGAAUAAAACACUUUUUCAAACCAAAAAAAUAAAAUACUAAAACAAAAUAAUUAAAAAUCAAUUUGUUUGAAAUUGGUUUAUACAUACAAGAAGGAGGUGAGUGAGAGAGAGAAAGAAUGA